GCCACUCCCCGAAAGUGAAUUUGUUCCGAAUCAGGAAGUGCUGGGAGUUGCAUGGCUUCGAAAAGACAGGCCGAGAAUUGGACUGAGGAGGUAAUUUGUCCCAUCUGCCUGGAUUUCUUCACCGACCCGAUCAUCCUGGAGUGCGGGCACAACUUCUGUCGCUCUUGUGUCACACGAUGUUGGGCAACGGAGAAGAGAAACUCCUGCCCGGACUGUAAAGAGGUAUUUGCUGACGGCACCCUCAGGGUCAAUCGGGUUUUAGCAAAUCUGGCUGAAAAAGCUCGAGAUCUAAACCUGAAUCUGAAAGGGAAGAAAAGCAAACGUCAGUGCGAAGAACAUGAGGAAGAACUGAAGCUGUUUUGUGAAACGGACAAGACGCUGAUCUGUCUGGUCUGUAGAGAUGCGCAGGAACACAGAGAGCACCGCUUCAUGCCGAUUAAAGAAGUUGUUAAAACUUACAUGGAUCAGCUAAAAUCGUCCUUAGACUCUCUCACAAAAAAGGAAUCAGACUUCCAGGAAAAGGAGCAGCAACAGAAAGAGAAGAUUUCCAGAGUUCGGGAACAGUCACACAGCCUUCAGUCCCACAUCACAUCUCAGUUUGUGGAACUGCACCAGAUUAUCACUGAGAAAGAGCAGAGCUUACUCGGGGAUCUCAGGGAGGAAGUGGAGAGGAUUUUAAGUUCAAUGGAGAAAAAUCUUCAAGAGAUUCAAGGGAAAGUAAAGUUUAUUCAGGAGGAAAUCUCAAAGUUAAAGGAACAGAUGGAUCAAAAAGACAAUGUGAUAUUUCUCAAGGAGGAAGCUUGUCAGAACAGGAGGAUUGAUGAUGAUGUCCAGGAAUUGUCAGUGACAGAUGAGGCCCCACUGGCUGAAAAAUUCGAUCACCCCUAUUUGUUGAACACAGUGCUGAGAGAAACACUUGAUGCCAUUAAUCGAGUCUCUGUCACCCUGGAUGUGGAAACGCUGAAUCCGCGUCUCGAGGUGUCUGAGGAUCGGAAGAGUGUGAGAUGUACUGGGAACUGGAGCGAUCUCCCUGACACCGGGAAGAGAUUCACAGACUGGCCUUGUGUGCUAGGAUUGGAGGGAUUCACAUCAGGGAGACAUUACUGGGAGGUGGAGGUAGCUCGGAAUCAGGAGUGGUGUCUGGGAGUCGCCACAGAGUCUGUGGAGAGGAAGGGAGGGGUCAGACUGAGCCCGGAGACCGGAUUCUGGGUCAUCGGGCGGGAGGAUGACGUGUUACAUCAGAACUGUGAUGAGUUUGGAGUUCUUCACUCCCCUGAGUCCCGUCUCCCUGCCGGUCCCAUCCCCGGGAGGGUGGGAGUUUAUCUCAGUUAUGAGUCCGGGACAGUUUCAUUUUAUAACGCGGAGACCAAGUCCCAUCUCCACAACUUCAAUGGGAAUAAAUUCACGGAGAAACUUUAUCCCUUCUUCGCACCUUGGGAUGAAAACCAGUGGCUGAGAAUCUGCUCCGGAUCCCCUCUGGGUCUGUAAACUAAGCGGGUCCUGGCACUGGUGUCAGGGGUAAUGUCCCUGUAAAUAUAAAUCUGCAGAGAGUGAAAUAAAUUUGAGAUGAGAAUUAUUGAUCCAUUAAUUUUAACUUGUUCACCACAUCUAUCAACGGAACGGAAACAUUGUGGAUUCAGCAGCAGGCGCAGGGCAGCGGGUCCUGAGCUCCCCCGGGUCCUAAAGUCCAGCCGCACUGAGACACGUGCAGUGGGACAAGUGGGGGUGGUGCUGACUGGAAAAGGCGGGGGAGGGUCAGGGUGAAUCUUAGUUAGACUAUAAAACAUAGGAUCAGGAUUAGGCCAUUCAGCCCAUCGACUCCACUCAACCAUUCUAUCAUGGCUGAUCCUGGAUCCUACUCAAUCCCAUACACCUGCAUUCUCGCCAUAUCCUCUGAUGGUCUGAUCGAUCAGGAAAUGAUCAACUUCCGCCUUAAAUAUACCCAGAGACUUGGCUUCCACUGCGGUCUCUGGCAGAGGAUUCCACAGGUUCACUGCUCUCUGGAUAAAAAUAUACAUCCUUACCUCUGUUCAAAAAUAAGGCCUCUCAAUGUUGAGGCUGUGUCCUCCAGUCUGCAUACGUCCACCACAUGAAACAAACUUUCCACAUCCACCCUACCUAGUCCUUUCAACACUCGGUAGGUGUCAAUGAUAUCCCCCUUCCUUUCUCAGAUAAAGAACAGAAAACAUUGACAAUACUCCAAGUAUGGCC